AUGACGGAAGUUAUGCCCAUAUCUUUGGUCAAUUUUAAUGCUGAUAAUGGAUAUUUAGAGGGUCUUGCGCGUGGGAUAAAAGGUGGUCUUCUUAAGCAGGCAGAUUACAAUGUGUUGGUUCAGUGUGAAACACUAGAUGAUCUGAAGCUUCACUUACAUGACACAGACUACGGGGAAUUUUUAGCCAAUGAACCUGGACCUUUAACUGUUGGAAUCAUUGAGGAAAAAAUUCGGGAGAAAUUUGUGGCUGAAUUUCGCCAUAUACGGAACCAAGCUGUGUACCCCUUAUCCCUAUUUUUGGACUACAUCACCUACAGUUAUAUGAUUGAUAACAUUGUGCUACUAAUAACAGGAACAUUGCAUGGAAGGCCAAUAUCCGAGUUGAUGGCUAAGUGUCAUCCAUUGGGCACAUUUCUCGAGAUGGAAACUUUAAACAUAGCGACGAAUCCAGCCGAACUGUACAAUGCAGUGCUUGUAGACACACCACUAGCUCCUUUUUUCAGCGAUUGCAUAUCGGAACAGGACCUUGAUGAGUUAAAUAUUGAGAUAAUACGUAACACCCUAUACAGAGCAUAUAUUGAAGACUUCUACAACUUUUGUAAAUCUUUGGGUGGCAUUACAGCGGAGGUGAUGUGCGAAUUAUUAGCUUUCGAGGCUGACAGAAGAGCAUUUAUUAUUACCAUCAACUCUUUCGGGACAGAGCUGUCAAAUGAGGAUCGGUCUAAACUGUAUCCUCGUUGUGGCAAGCUUAACCCAGAGGGACUCGUUCAACUUGCUAAGGUGAACGAUUACGAACAAGUUAAAGCAGUUGCACGGUAUUAUUCGAAUUACGCACCAUUGUUUGAAGAAACUGGUGAAGGUUUUGGAGACAAAACAUUGGAAGAUAAGUUCUUUGAAUAUGAGGUGCAGCUAAAUGUUGAUGCUUUCUUACAACAAUUCCACUAUGGCAUAUUUUACGCCCUUCUUAAAUUAAAAGAACAAGAAAUGCGAAACAUCGUUUGGAUUGCCGAGUGUGUUUCACAACGUCAUCGUACGAAGAUUGACUCUUACAUCAAUAUUAUGUAG